GACAGUGCUUAUCAACUCACCUAGAUCUAAGGAAUUAUUACAUCCCUUUUGAAGAACAUUUGGAGAGCAUCGCUACUAUCUGUUGUAUGAUUGAUUUCACUUGACCACGCUGAAACUGUGCAGUUACACAUUUGUUUGUUUAUAAAAAUAAUCAUCUGUAUAAACUAGUGAUGCUUCCCAGUCCAGUGACUUCAACGCCAUUCUCGGUGAAGGAUAUUCUAAAGAUGGAGCAGCAACAUCACCCCCACCAAGGUUUCUUCUAUCCAGAUCAAGACGCACAGAUGUCUCUGCAACGCAUGCACAGUGCACUUCGGAGCCUCGAUUUACUUGACAGUCAGGAUAAAUCGUGCUUCUCGGGAGCAACACAGAUGAAAUGCAUCCUGAGUUCGGAGGACAUUGACAUCCUGAGGGGCAGUUGUAGUUCAGCGGCUGAGGAGGAGACAAAUGGGGACCCAGGUAUACUUCUUGACGAUUCGAUGGGUUGUGAUGGGAAAAAUGACAAUACCUAUUCAGGCAAGCCAAAGCAAAGAUUGCGCAGAAAACCACGCGUGCUAUUUUCCCAAACGCAGGUUUUUGAGCUGGAACGGCGCUUCAAACAGCAGCGGUAUCUUUCUGCACCAGAGAGGGACCACCUCGCCAAUAUUCUAAAGCUGACUUCUACUCAAGUCAAAAUCUGGUUUCAAAACAGGAGGUACAAGUGCAAGCGGCAAAGACAAGACAAGUCUCUGGAAUUGGCUGGAUACCCGCCUCUACCACGAAGGGUGGCAGUGCCGGUGUUGGUUCGAGAUGGCAAGCCGUGCAUGGGAGGACCACAUUUAGCGCCAUACAACGUGACAAUUGGCUCUUACAACACCUUAUAUGGAUAUGGUAAUAACUCACAUGGUUGCAGUUAUCCGAGUAUGCCAUCCAUACCAAGUGCCACGCAAAUGUCCAACAACCAUAUAGUUGACAUGAACCUCAUGGAAAAUGUAGAGGGGCCAUUCCAACAAGGACACUUCCAGGCAACUUUACCGGGGAUAAGAGCGUGGUGAGAAACUAUUCCAAAACAACCACCCAACUCUCAUAAAGUUUUUUUCCUUUAGGUGUUUGUUUAGGUUUGGCUAUGCAGCUGCAAGGUUACUUGUUG